AGCUGGGGGCUUGCAGGCUUCAAGGGUGAAAAUGCUGGGGGCUGCCAAGAGAGCCCGCUGGGGCCUGUACAGAGUGAGCACACCUAUCCGAUUUAGCCCGGAAACAUCCAUCCAACUUGAGGCCAGACGGAGAGACAUGAAACACUCAGGAAGACCUGCCAGCCCCACGGCCCUGGCAGGAUCCUGGCCACGCCAUGCCCGGUGCUGGACUCUGCAGCUGCUGGGGUGGCCGGGUGCUGCCCCUGCUGUUGGCCUAUGUCGGCUAUCUGCUGCUUGGUGCCACCAUCUUCCAGCUGCUAGAGAAGCAGGCAGAAGCUCAGUCCAGGAACGAGUUCCAGCUGGAGAAGCUGCGCUUCCUGGAGAACUACACCUGCCUGGACCAGUGGGCCCUGGAGCAGUUUGUGCAGGUCAUCAUGGAAGCCUGGGUGAAAGGUGUGAACCCCAAAGGCAACUCCACCAACCCCAGCAACUGGGACUUUGGCAGCAGUUUCUUCUUCGCAGGCACAGUCGUCACCACCAUAGGAUAUGGGAACCUGGCACCCAGCACAGAAGCAGGUCAGGUCUUCUGUGUCUUCUAUGCCCUGCUGGGCAUCCCGCUCAAUGUGAUCUUCCUCAACCACCUGGGCACAGGGCUGCGGGCCCACCUGGCCACCAUUGAGAGAUGGGAGGACCAGCCCAGGCGCUCCCAGCUACUGCGAGUCCUGGGCCUGGCUCUGUUCCUGACCCUGGGGACGCUGGUCAUUCUCAUCUUCCCACCCAUGGUCUUCAGCCAUGUGGAGGGCUGGAGCUUCGGCGAGGGCUUCUACUUUGCUUUCAUCACUCUCAGCACCAUCGGCUUCGGGGACUAUGUUGUUGGCACAGACCCCAGCAAGCAUUAUAUCUCAGUGUACCGGAGCCUGGCAGCUAUCUGGAUCCUCCUGGGCCUGGCGUGGCUGGCGCUGAUCCUCCCACUAGUUCCCCUGCUUCUGCAUAGGUGCUGCCAGCUCUGGCUGCUCAGACUGAGGCAAGGCUGUGGAGCCAAGGAGGCUCCAGGCAGGAGACCCAGGGGAAGACCUACAGCAGCAAGAAGAGGCCAAGUCACACCCCAGGACUUCGCCACAUCCGAGAGAGGACUGGGAAGCUGAGGACCCACUGACUCUUCACACAGCCUGGACCUUCCUCCACUCCGGGUAGAAGGGUUUUGGGGGCCUUCUCAGAAGCAAGCAGUGGACAAGCCUCUUGGUCAAGGCUCCUCUUGCCUCCCAAGCUCAUGGACAAGUGGCAAUCAGCUGGGGCCCCUCUUUUUGGGUACAAAGGAAAGGACAGGUGUGGGAGACCCAGGGAGGUCUUGAGAUUGGCAGACAGCAAGUCCUUGGAGACAGCCCCCCGUCCCAGAACUUAGGCAGGGGCCCCAAGACAAUAAAGUUGGUCUCUACUAUCUC